AUGGGCGUCACCCCAUUCCACCGAUCUAUCCUCGAGGUCCGGUUGCCGAAACACUUCGACAAACCAACAGACAUGAGGUACGACGGAACUCAAGACCCUCUAGAACACCUCACGGCCUUUGAGGCCAGGAUGAAUCUGGAGGGAGUGGGGGACGAGGUAAGAUGCCGUGCCUUCCCAGUAACCUUAGCGGGGCCAGCGAUCAGGUGGUUUAACGGCCUCCCGCAAGGAUCCAUCUACAGCUUCUCGGACAUCAGCCGUGCAUUCCUGGCCCAAUUUACAACACGGAUAGCGAAGGCAAAGCACCCCAUCAACCUUCUAGGGGUAACCCAGAGACAAGGAGAACCGACCAGGAAGUACCUAGAUCGGUUCAACGAUGAAUGCUUGGAAAUCGAUGGCCUAACCGACUCGGUGGCCAGUCUUUGCCUGACAAAUGGCCUCCUCAACGAGAACUUCCGAAAACAUCUUACCAUGAAACCGGUUUGGACAAUGCAUGAGAUCCAGACGGUAGCCAAAGAGUACAUAAACGACGAGGAAGUCAGCCGAGUAGUGGCCGCCAACAAACGGCAGCCCAGCUACAAUCAAACCCGACAACAGGGAAAUGGGGAAAGGCCAAAGGGACAAACCAGGGAAGAGGCGCUAAGUAAGGCACCAAGGACAUUCCCCCGAGUCGGGAAAUUCACCAACUACACUCCGCUCGCUCUCCCCGUCGCGGAAGUUUACCAACAAAUAGCCGAGAAAGGAAUCCCGCCGAAGCCCCGACCACUCAAGGACCGCACUGGAGGGAACAAAAACCUUUAUUGUGACUACCACAAGGGUUAUGGCCACCUAACGCAGGAUUGUUUUGACCUGAAAGAUGCACUGGAACAAGCGAUAAGGGAAGGAAAACUAGCGGCCUUCUCCCACCUAAUCAGGGAGCCAAGGAGGCGCUACCGCGACCAAGACGAAGAAGGCAAAACCCGUUCGGCAAAGCGACGACAAGAGCCAGAAGGCGGAGAACACGGCCUCACUGUGAUAAACGUAGUAACGGCCAAAAACGCCGCACCAAGAUCCAGAUCCGCACACAAGAAGGACACAAAGAUAUUGUCGAUCUCCUCCUCGUCGACGCGAAACUCUAAGAAGCCUCCAUUCAUUUCUUUCGGCCCAGAAGACCAAUGGUUCGACGACGUCCAGGAAAACCCACCCAUGGUCAUAACGGCCCGAGUAGGGACCGGUCUCGUCAAGCGCAUCCAUGUCGACACGGGAGCGGACUCGAAUAUCAUGUUCCGCAACGUGUUCGAUGCGCUGGGAUUAAAGGAUGCCGAUCUAACGACUCACCAACACGGGGUCAUUGGAUUGGGCGACCACUUCAUCAAACCGGAUGGAGUAAUAUCCCUGCCGAUCUCAGUGGGACAGACUCAAGGCCGAAGAUCGGCGAUGGCCGAGUUCGUGAUCCUCCGAGACUCCACCGCCUAUAAUAUCAUUCUGGGAAGAAAAACGAUCAAUGAUUUCGAGGCCAUAAUCAACACAAAGCUGCUAAUCAUGAAAUUCGUUACCGACGACGGAUCCAUAGGGUCCAUAAGAGGAGACCUUGAGACGGCGGUCGCUUGUGACAAUGCCAGCCUCUCCCUUAGAAAGAAGUCCAAGGAGGCGUCCGGUGUGUUCCUAGCCGACCUAGAUGCCAGAGUAGACGACAAGCCUAGACCGGAACCAGAAGGGGAUCUGGAGAAGUUCAGAAUCGGUGACGAAGACGAAAGAUUCACGUUCGUUAACAAGAACCUCCCACGCGAGUUGAAGGAGCCCUUGGUCGAAAUGAUAAGAGCCUCCUAG